AUGGUGGCGCUCGGCGGGGAUGCGGGCGCCGCGGUGAUGAGGCCGGGCGCCAUAUCAUGGCGCAAGGCGAUUUUCCCGUGGAGGCGGAAGCGCGGCAUGCAAGUGGGGAUCGAGACUGCGGCGGACGCCUCCGUGUCGAUGCAGCACGACUUCAACUCCGAGCAGGCGGGCAGCGGGUUCAAGCUGAACUUUGACGUCAAGGAGCUCAACCUGGUCUGCCGCAUCUGA